ACUCAUCGGGACCCCCCCCGGGAUCCUCACUGGUACCAGGGGCUCACCGGGAUCCUUAACGGGGUCUCCACUGGCACCGGCGUCCCCAACAGGUUCUCCGCCAGCACCCAGAGCGGGUUCCUUGCCGGUACCGGGCUCCCCGCCAGUACUGGGGCUCCCGGAGCCGCAGCCCCGGCAGGUGGAAGGCAAGAGGCGGCCGUUCCUCCCGGGGGGGCGAUCCCGGGAGUCUCUCUGCACGCCCGGUGACCCUCAGCAGGAGCUGCUUACGGAGGAACCCUCGGGGUUAGCACUAGCCUUGGGGGCUCCAUCACCUCCCACCCAUGUUCAGCAAGAAGUCCUACGAUGGCCCCCCCACAGCCUACGGCCCCCCCACAGCCUACGGCCCCCCCGGGGGUGAUUACGGCUAUGACUAUGAUGCCCGCUCGCCCCCGCCGGGCUCCUACUACAUCGAGGAUGCCCCCCAACACUUUUACAAGUGGACGUCCCCCCCCGGCGUGGUGAGGGUCCUGGAGGUCGUGGUCAUCCUGCUCUGCAUCGCCAUCUUCGCCUGCGUGGCCUCCACCCUGGCCUGGGAAUACGGCUACGGAUACGGGGGGAUCUACGGGAACGGUUUGGGGGGGGGCUUCUACGGCUCGGGCUACUACGGGAGCGGGGUGAACUAUGGCUACGGGUACGGCUACGGGGGCUACUACGGGGGAGCCCCCAACCCACGGACGGCCAACGGGUUCAUGAUCGCCAUGGCCGUGCUCUGCUUCCUGGCCCAGCUGGGGCUUUUCGUGGCCAGCGUCAGCAAGUCCAGCAGCUCCCGGUCCCGCCGCUUCUACCUGGUGGUUCUGGUGGUCUGUGGGCUCUUGGCCUUCGUCAUGCUCAUCGCCUCCAUCGUCUACGUGGUGGGGGUCAACCCCCAGGCACAGAUGAGUGGCAGCUACUACUACAACCCCUUGUUGGCCAUGUGCAACCAGGUCUACACCGGCAGCACCUACCUGAACCAGUACCUCUACCACUACUGCACCGUGGACCCCCAAGAGGCUGUGGCCAUCGUCUGUGGGUUCCUCAUUGUCCUCCUGCUCUGCCUCAUCUGCUUCUUUGCUCACAAGACACGGAGCAAGAUCUGGAGGUAUGGGAAACACAACAUCUACUGGGACAAGGUGCCCGUGGGCCAUGAGGGUCCCAACGUGGAGGAGUGGGUGAGUCUGGGGGGG